AUACUCGUGCGUUGACGGUGAUAUCGAGAGAAAAUAGGAAGCUGCCGAGCGCAUCCCCGUCACCGCGCCCAUCAGAAAGGAGGAGAGGGCUGGAUGGAAGGAAUCUGGUCCGUUCUCAUAUAGCUACUCUUUGUUACCAAAAGAGACCGCUCCUGGUUUGAUAGAAAGAAAAGAGAGGUUCGAGCUUGCUCCCCCGUUUCUCGAAAGAAAAUCAAAAGACUACUUUACAUUUUGGGCAGACAUGGGCUGGGGUGUAGGUGUGUUGGGUUUGGGGCAGAUAUGGGCUGGGUUGUAGCUGGGUUGGGUUUGGUAAUUCGUUGCCGAGUUAGCUGGCUUGCUGUUCUUAUUUCAAAGAAGCUAUGGCUAAGCAGUAUGAUGUGCUCUUCCGACUCCUGCUGCUCGGUGAUUCGGGGGUUGGGAAAACAUGUUUAUUAUGCAGAUUCACGGACAACGAAUUUCACCCGUCUCACAUCUCCACAAUCGGAGUCGAUUUUAAAAUGAAGACACUGGAGAUAGAUGGCAUCAAAGUGAGGAUACAGAUAUGGGACACAGCAGGACAGGAGAGAUAUCAGACCAUCACUAAGCAGUACUACAGACGAGCACAGGGAAUCUUCCUGGUUUACGACAUCACAAGUGAGCGAUCCUUCCAGCACAUCAUGAAGUGGGCCAGCGAUGUGGACGAGUAUGCUCCUGAUAACAUCCAGAAGAUCCUCAUAGGGAACAAGUCAGACGAGGAGGAGAAGAGGCAGGUAGCUACAGAACAGGGCAACAAGCUGGCCAAUGAUUAUGGGAUGGACUUUUUUGAGACAAGUGCCUUCACCAACCAUAACAUAACAGAGUCCUUCACGCGAUUGGCUGAGCAGGUCCUGUCGGCCAAUAAGAAGGACCUGGACCUCCUGAGGUCGUCGGUCACAAACGAGCUCAACCUUGCCGCCCUGGAGGAGGAGGAGGGCAUCACAGACGGGGCCGCCGCCUCACAGAAGGGCUGCUGGUGUUAAGGGCCUGGUCAAAAGUAGUACACUAUGUAGAGAAUAGGGUGAGAAAAGUAGGGAACUAUAUAGGGAAUAGGGUGCCACUUCUCCUUAUGUAAGGACUGGGUCUGGCUGCGUCUUGAAUCACACCCUAUUCCUUAUGCGAGCUCUGCUUGAAAGUAGUGCACUUUGUAGGGAAUAGAGUGACAAAAGUGGUGCCCUAUGUAGGGAAUAGGGUGGGGGGGGUGACACUUCUCGUAGCUGAUUGCCUUUCUACCAUUCUAGGUGCUGUACUGGUGUUUGAUGGGUUUUUACCAAUGAUGUAUGUAAACCCUGGAUUGCUAAUGCUAUGUAUUGGCCAAUGAGAUGUUCUGAAGUCACCGGUCGGCCAUAUUGGCACUCCUCAGAAAAGCUUGUCCUCUAGGAAUGAAUGAAAUUCUACAGUAUUUCAUUGAAAUGCUUCAAGGACAAAAUUACAUGUAUUUAAGUAUUUAUUUGUUAUAGUGGGGACAGUGACAGUAAUAUCAGUACUUUAAAAAAAAAAAGAGAAAAGUAUCUAUAUAUUUUUUUGUAUAUUUAGCUAACAAUAUAAUUUAAAAGUAUGCUUUAAGUUGUCUGUAAUAAUAGAAUAAACAUGGCAAAAACAAAUUUAGACAUUUAUAAAUGCAUUUCUAUAUCUUCCUAAGUAUUUUUAUUUUUACACUGGUGGGGGAGUACCAAGAUGGAGGCGCGGUGGCUUCAAAACGUCGCCCCUUAAUUAGUCAUCUAGUGUAUAUAUUAAUCAUAGUGUUUUUUUCAUGGUAUUUUUCAUUGUAGUUCAUAGGUUUGGGCACCAGAGGGUGCUACUGAUACAUGUUGCGUUGCUAUAUGAAGCAGAUAGUGCAGAGUUGUUGAUGAAGGGGUUACGACACAUUACACUGUUCUACUUGUAGUGAGUCUCAAAUCACACCUUAUUCCCUUUAUAGUACACUGCUUGGCUCUGCUCAGACCUACUGCACUAAUAGGGGAUAGGGUGUCGUUUGUUGUGCAGACAAUGUUUCCGUUUAGUUUUUAGCUUUUGCAAUUGUGUUUCUCAAGACAACUUUCCAUGAUAAUGUACAUUAGUUUAAUGUUAGUUUAAACCUAUGAGCAUUACAGGCCUGUAAAAAGUGUUGACUUUUAAUUUUGAUGGUCUAGAAAUAUUCCAUCUGUGAUUCUAUCUAUGAUGACAUGUUUUGUUUGCUUCAGUUUUACGCCAUAUUAUCCACUAGAUAGCUGCUGUUUCCGGAGUAGCCCAUUGAAUAGAAACUUAGAAAACGUAUUAUCCAGACUAGCAAAAGACCAGCAAGAGAUUUGCAUGUGUCCAACUUCCAUCCUCAUCUUCUUCUGUCUUGCAACUUCAAUGAAGUUAAUUAUUUAACUGAUCAUGAUACCCCUAUAACCCUAUUUUAGCUUUUGACCAGAGUGGCUAUACGAACUGAUCAUAGGACUAACCUCUACUGUCUGCAGCUACUGACUCAAUGUUACUACUGCUACUGUCAAACACUACUGUUUGUGUGCAAGUGAUAAUAUGGUAUGUCGUUUUGAAUGAUAUACAGGACUAUGAUCUCUAGAUACAGGUGAAAUACAGGACUAUGAUCUCUAGAUACAGGUGAAAUACAGGACUAUGAUCUCUAAGGGUGAAAUACAGGACUAGGAUCUCUAAGGGUGAGAUACAGGACUAAGAUCUCUAGAUACAGGUGAAAUACAGGACUAUGAUCUCUAAGGGUGAAAUACAGGACUAUGAUCUCUAAGGGUGAAAUACAGGACUAGGAUCUCUAGAUACAGGUGAAAUACAGGACUAGGAUCUCUAAGGGUGAAAUACAGGACUAUGAUCUCUAGAUACAGGUAAAAUACAGGACGAUGAUCUCUAGAUACAGGUGAAAUACAGGACUAUGAUCUCUAGAUAAGGGUGAAAUACAGGACUAGGAUCUCUAGAUAAGGGUGAAAUACAGGACUAGGAUCUCUAGACAAGGGUGAAAUACAGGACUAUGAUCUCUAGACAAGGGUAAAAUACAGGACUAUGAUCUCUAGACAAGGGUGAAAUACAGGACUAUGAUCUCUAGACAAGGGUGAAAUACAGGACUAGGAUCUCUAGAUAAGGGUGAAAUACAGGACUAGGAUCUCUAGAUACAGGUAAAAUACAGGACUAUGAUCUCUAGAUACAGGUAAAAUACAGGACUAGGAUCUCUAGAUAAGGGUGAAAUACAGGACUAUGAUCUCUAGAUAAGGGUGAAAUACAGGACUAUGAUCUCUAGAUAAGGGUGAAAUACAGGACUAGGAUCUCUAGAUAAGGGUGAAAUACAGGACUAUGAUCUCUAGAUAAGGGUGAAAUACAGGACUAUGAUCUCGAGAUAAGGGUGAAAUACAGGACUAGGAUCUCUAAGGGUGAAAUACAGGACUAUGAUCUCUAGAUACAGGUAAAAUACAGGACGAUGAUCUCUAGAUACAGGUGAAAUACAGGACUAUGAUCUCUAGACAAGGGUGAAAUACAGGACUAUGAUCUCUAGAUAAGGGUGAAAUACAGGACUAUGAUCUCCAGAUAAGGGUGAAAUACAGGACUAGGAUCUCUAGAUACAGGUGAAAUACAGGACUAGGAUCUCUAAGGGUGAAAUACAGGACUAUGAUCUAUAAGGGUGAAAUACAGGACUAUGAUCUCUAAGGGUGAAAUACAGGACUAUGAUCUCUAAGGGUGAAAUACAGGACUAGGAUCUCUAGAUACAGGUGAAAUACAGGACUAGGAUCUCUAAGGGUGAAAUACAGGACUAUGAUCUCUAGAUACAGGUAAAAUACAGGACGAUGAUCUCUAGAUACAGGUGAAAUACAGGACUAUGAUCUCUAGAUAAGGGUGAAAUACAGGACUAGGAUCUCUAGAUAAGGGUGAAAUACAGGACUAGGAUCUCUAGACAAGGGUGAAAUACAGGACUAUGAUCUCUAGACAAGGGUGAAAUACAGGACUAUGAUCUCUAGACAAGGGUGAAAUACAGGACUAUGAUCUCUAGACAAGGGUGAAAUACAGGACUAGGAUCUCUAGAUAAGGGUGAAAUACAGGACUAGGAUCUCUAGAUACAGGUAAAAUACAGGACUAUGAUCUCUAGAUACAGGUAAAAUACAGGACUAGGAUCUCUAGAUAAGGGUGAAAUACAGGACUAUGAUCUCUAGAUAAGGGUGAAAUACAGGACUAUGAUCUCUAGAUAAGGGUGAAAUACAGGACUAGGAUCUCUAGAUAAGGGUGAAAUACAGGACUAUGAUCUCUAGAUAAGGGUGAAAUACAGGACUAUGAUCUCGAGAUAAGGGUGAAAUACAGGACUAGGAUCUCUAAGGGUGAAAUACAGGACUAUGAUCUCUAGAUACAGGUAAAAUACAGGACGAUGAUCUCUAGAUACAGGUGAAAUACAGGACUAUGAUCUCUAGACAAGGGUGAAAUACAGGACUAUGAUCUCUAGAUAAGGGUGAAAUACAGGACUAUGAUCUCUAGAUAAGGGUGAAAUACAGGACUAUGAUCUCCAGAUAAGGGUGAAAUACAGGACUAGGAUCUCUAGAUACAGGUGAAAUACAGGACUAGGAUCUCUAAGGGUGAAAUACAGGACUAUGAUCUAUAAGGGUGAAAUACAGGACUAUGAUCUCUAGAUAAGGGUGAAAUACAGGACUAUGAUCUCUGAGGGUGAAAUACAGGACUAUGAUCUCUAGAUAAGGGUGAAAUACAGGACUAUGAUCUCUAAGGGUGAAAUACAGGACUAUGAUCUCUAAGGGUGAAAUACAGGACUAUGAUCUUUAAGGGUGAAAUACAGGACUAUGAUCUCUAGAUACAGGUGAAAUACAGGACUAUGAUCUCCAAGGGUGAAAUACAGGACUAUGAUCUUUAAGGGUGAAAUACAGGACUAUGAUCUUUAAGGGUGAAAUACAGGACUAUGAUCUCUAGACAAGGGUGAAAUACAGGACUAUGAUCUCUAGAUAAGGGUGAAAUACAGGACUAGGGUCUCUAGACAAGGGUGAAAUACAGGACUAGGAUCUCUAGAUAAUGGUGAAAUACAGGACUAUGAUCUCUAAGGGUGAAAUACAGGACUAUGAUAUGAGAUGAUGAAAUGUAUAUCUGUGCUGUUUGAUAAUGACUACUUGAAUUGCAUUUUGUGGAAAUAUAUAACGAGCAACGUUGUAAUACUUUCAGAUGUUUAUUGAAUAAAUACUGGCAGAUGUAUGACUCAUCAUGCUGUUGUGGUAACUUGAUUAAAUAAAUAAAAAAGGGUACGAUUGGCCA